AUGGGGAUUUUGAACUUGUAUGAGCAGCAAGUUUGGGAAGAAUUUGAGCGCUUAGAAGCACAUGCGGUGGACGAUGGAUGGGCCGGACUCGUCGUACUCUUGCUUGGAGAUGCACAUCUGUUGGAAGUAGGACAGGGAAGCAAGCAUGGAUCCUCCUAUCCAGACGGAGUACUUGCGCUCUGGUGGUGCGUUGAUCCCGAUCUUCAUGGUGCUGAAAAGAGAUGGAAAUUAGAAUUUGAAGAGACGAGGAGUUAUAGAAACAUACGAUGGGGCAAGAGCGGUGAUCUCCUUUUGCAUGCGAUCAGCAAUUCCUAG